GGAAGUGCACUGCAAGGAUGAAGGAGGUCGAAAUAGCAAGAAUCAGGGCUGUCCAGCAGGUCUCCUAUAUGGAAGCAGUGCAAAUGGUUGAAGAAGGGAGUGAAAAUGAAGAAGAAAUGGCAAUGGAUGCCCCGCAGCCUGCAGAAACUCUUGUUCAUCUGUUAACAGAUCCAGAAAUACUAUAGUGAAGGAGGUAGAUUGGUUGCGUUUAUUACACAGGUGACACUGCACAGGCCAACAAACAAACAAGAAGUCAAAGACAAUGGACAUAGUUGUGAAUGCAGCCUAAAUGCUUUUGGAUCUCCAGGGCUUCGUAGCUGAAACAUUCCAGGGAAUAUUGUUUGAAGCUGUUUUUCCCUUUCAGGCCCCAGAGCCUCUCCUCCGGUCCCCUCAGGUCCUCGCUGUGUGUCUGCAGUCAGAAUCACCCCUCUGACAAGCAUGAAAGGCUCUCCUGAUCUGAUUCCGUCUGCAGGGCUGGACCCUACAAGGGUGUGUAAAGGGAAGGGGGUCGUGACUCUGAGGGCCACUCUGGUCCACAUAGACGACGAGGACUGCGUCAGUGAACAAUCAAACGUUGACACGGCACCAAGUGGUUGGAUUGGCCAGAUCAAUGGAGACGGCUCUCAAACGGGAUUGGCUGAUGGACGCUUCCACGACAUCACAGCUGAUUUACCUACAGUCAACAGAACUCAAGCCCAGGGAAGUUCACCUGUGAAGACAGAAGAGCCCCAGAUUCCUGCCUCGUUUGACAUUCAGAACUAUAUUUUGUCCACAAAGGCCACCUCUGCCUACCCAUCCACCACUAACACUGUCAACCCAACCAUAGUUCUGCCACAACACAACAGAGAGCAACAGAAGCAGCUUUCUAAUAUGGAAGACCCCACCCCAGAGAGGGACAAAUCGCCUGAUCCGGGACCUGUAUUUGGAACAGAGAGAGAACUGAGGCAACACCCAGAUAUGGACGGCAAGAGGAUGAGGUACUCUCAAUCCCGUGUCUUGGUCCCACUGAACCAGCCCAUCGUGCCAGUACGGAACACAGAUAAGUCCAAGGACUGGUACAAGAACAUGUUUAAACAGAUACACAGAAUUCCAGAACCUGUUGAGGAAAACCCAUAUCGCCCCACCUACAUAUUCCCUGAAUCCUAUGAUCCUAGGCAGAUGAAAACAACAGAUGAGGGUCACUCGCCCUGUGGUUAUGUGGAAGAUGUGAAAGCGGUCCCACGGUCAAAAGGUGCUGCCGAAGUUGACCAUAGGUCGUCUAUGCCUGUGCCAACACGGUCCUCUUCCCUCAAACCUGCCAAAAGGAACGACUGGGAGCCCCCUGACAAAAAGGUAGACACCAGGAAGUACCGUGCCGAGCCCAAGAGCAUCUUCGAGUACGAGCCAGGAAAAUCGUCGGUGCUGAAACUGGAGAGAAAGACUCAGCACAUUAGCCCAGAAGAUGUAGAUAUAGAGAAUGAGCCUUGGUAUAGAUUCUUUUCAGAGAUGGAGUUUGAUAAAGCGAGUGCCCCCUCUUUCAGCCCUCUGGAAACACCCUCCGACCUACAGAAGUACUCCGGGUGUAAGGCCGGACACAGCGAGGUGGAGAAGGACGAAGGAUCGUCUGGCAGCGAGCCAGCGGCUCCAGAAUGCGACCGCUAUGUCUACAAGAGCAUCCUGGAGGGCGGUGAUAUUCCCCUGCAAGGUCUGCGGGCCCUCAACAAGCGCCAUGCCAGCACCUCCUCUAAAGUGGAUUAUCAAGGUGGGAAUGGCUAUAUAAUUUCACCCUGCUCUUCUGUAAAUAGUCGAUCAGUUCUUGCCAGUAAUGCCCUAGGUUACCAGUGUAAGAAUAAGAAGCCCUUAUCCGCCGCCAAAGCCUGCAUACCCCAAAUCCUCCCCUCGAAGUUCAAACCUAAGCUGAUGGCCCCUAGUGGUGACAGCCAGGACAGGAGGACUGUGCCCGCCAGGCACCCAAAGGCACACAGCUGUGAGGAUAUAUACACAGGGAGCACGGGAGCAGAGGCCCGGGAGAGCGGACUACACUCAAACACAGACUCAGACUCCAAUGAUCUCCCCCUUGACUCUGAGACUGGUUUUCAAAAUGGCAACCCUGAGACUAGAAGGAGCACAGCAGAGUUCUCCACCCUGUACCGGAACAUGCACAGCAUCCAGAGACCUUCCUACUCGGCGGGCUCCAGCCCCCACGGGAGUGUCCGUAGCCUGACCUCCCUGUUUGAAAAGGUGGGGAUCAAUGAAACUGAUGGGGAGGGGGACGAGGCAGGGGGGAACAUUCCCCGGCGGGACGCUGUGUUGUCAAGGGUGUCGGCGUUUGAACUGAUCAUCCAGCGCUCCAGCCCGACUCCCACACGCUCUUCCUCCAUGCCAACGCUACCCACUGGCCCCACCCAAAACCACGGCGCCGCCAACCUCUUCAUGGCGUCUGCCGUCUCGGCUGAGUUGCUGCUGGUCACUGACCCUGGGCAGACAGAGGGCUGCCCUCUGGAGGACACGGAGGGCAAGGCAGCCCAAGACGAGGCCUCUCGAUCAGGCAGCGAGAUAGUGGAGGCGGUGGCAUCCUCGGAGUACAGUGACACCCUGCGAGCCGAGUCUCUCUCUGGGACUGAGGUAGAGAUGGAGCAGCACGGCUCCACAGAGAAAGCCCCAGUACCAAAAGAGAAACCCCCAGUGGUCACUUUCUCCAGAACCUCAAACAGUCCGCCAGCACCAGUCACUCCAUCUGCUCCCUCACACAACUACCACCUCCACAACCACCACCACCUUAAACCCAGCAGCAAGUGCAAAGGCUCCUGCCCAGCCUCCUAUACCCGGUUCACCACCAUCCGGCGGCAUGAGAGGCGGCAGCAGGCCUCAGCCCAGCAGGACAAACUCUCCACUCAGGAGAAAAUAAAGAACUCCUCCUCUCUCCCCGCAAACCUCUUGCUCAUGGGCCCUGCACCAUUCAUGGUGAAGAGGUCUCUCCAGUCUCACCGGGCCAAAAAUUAUUUCUCAGCCGCUAAGGUGAUGGCAGGUCAAAGGUCACAGACCCAUUCUAGUGAGCCCAGGCCCCUCAUCCCACAGCGUCUCUCUUCCUUGGAGGUGCUGGAGAGGCUUGGCACUGGAGAGGGUGCGCCGACCGACAGUGACAACAACCUGACUAAUGGGGGAGGCAUGGACGCCAAUGGGAAUCUUCUGCAGCCGCUGACAGCUCAUCGCAGAGAUUCAGACUCGUUCCAGGCUUUGACCCAAGGAGACCUUGGUGACGGCCAGGAGGAGGUGGUUAGGAGACGCCAUGGAGACAAAGAGAAAAUCUUGGAAGAGCAGCGGCGGCUGAAGAGGGAGCAGGAGGAGGCUGACACAGCAUCGAGGCGACACACAGGAAUCGUUCCCACCCACCACCAGUUCAUCACUAACGAACGCUUCGGAGACCUGCUCAACAUCAACAUCAACGACACAGACAAGAGGAAAUCCGGAUCAGAGAGAACUCCAGCCCUGGCUCGGUUUGACUUCAGAGCAGAGACUCUAAAGGAGUUGCCAUUUCAAAAGGGAGACAUUGUGUACAUCAUUCGACAGGUGGAUAAUAAUUGGUUCGAAGGGGAGCAUCACGGCAGAGUCGGCAUCUUCCCACGGAGUUAUGUUGAGCUCCUUCCCCCCACGGAGAAGGCCCAGCCAAAGAAGAGUGCCCCAGUGCAGGUGCUGGAGUAUGGAGAGGCCAUAGCACGUUUCAACUUCACAGGGGACACGGUGGUGGAGAUGUCAUUUAGAAAGGGAGAGAGGAUCAUCCUAAUUCGCAGGGUCGAUGAGAACUGGUACGAGGGCAAGGUCUCCGGGUCCAAUCGCCAGGGUAUCUUCCCCGUCACCUACAUAGAGGUGCAUAAACGACCCAGAAUCAAGAAUGGAUUGGAUUAUCCAGACCCACCCAUUGGCCAAUCACCUCACCGCAGCCUCAAUGCUUCCCCUCAGCUGGUGAAGAAUGAGAGUGACUACCAUGGUAGAACCUCCAGGAGCCCUGUCAUGUUGUUUGACAUCCACGACAACAACAUAAAUGCUAACUCAUUUGAGCAACCCCAGUCCCACAGCAGCAGCCCGGAGCCAGGUCGUCUCAGCUGUGGAAUUUUCCAGGCUUUGUACUGUUACGUGCCACAGAAUGAGGAUGAGCUGGAGCUGCAGGAGGGAGAUCUUGUCAGCGUAAUGGAGAAGUGCGAUGACGGCUGGUUUGUUGGUACCUCAAAGAGGACCAAACAGUUUGGCACGUUUCCAGGAAACUACGUGAAAGAGGUCAACUUGUAACCUGUCAACAAACAUUUAUAGUGUGAGGAGAACCCAGCUCUAACCCUUGGUUACCAUUCAAGUUUUGGGAAGGCAUUACUAUUGCGCUUGAUUGUUUAAAUUAGGAUAGUCAUUCAGACAGGUGAAUACGUUUGUCUGGUGUAAGUGAUCAGUUUGGUGUGAGGUAUGUUAAUGUACAUGAGGCGAAGACAGGAGGAUGCUUUGCUGUUGACUCACUGCCCAAACGUUAGUGUGGUGUGUACGUACUCCAACCAUAUCCUAUACAGUACAUGGCUGAAUUUAUAAUAUAAUAUUCUGACAGUGGAACUUGUAGUAAAAAAAACUCCUCCCAAAAUGUCAGGACAUACAGACUACGUUAUACAAUGAGUUUACAAAACAUUAUGAACACCAGAUUUUUCCAUGACAUAGACUGACCAGGUGAAUCCAGGUGAAAGCUAUGAUCCCUUAUUGAUGUCACUUGUUAAAUCCACUUCAAAUCAGUGUAGAUGCAGGGGGGAGGCAGGUUAAAGAAGCAUUUUUAAUCCUUGAGACAAUUGAGACAUGGAUUGUGUAUGUGUGCCAUUCAGAGAGUGAAUGGGCAAGACAAAAUAUUUAAGUGCCUUUGAACAGGGUAUGGUAGUAGGUGCCAGGCGCACCGGUUUGUGUCAAGAACUGCAACGCUGCUGGGAUUUUUAAUGCUCAAUCUUCCCGUGUGUUUCACGAAUGGUCUACCACCCAAAGGACAUCCAGCCAACUUGACACAACUGUGGGAAGCAUUGGAAUCAAUAUGGGCCAGCAUCCCUGUAGAACGCUUUCAACAUGCUUUCAACAACUCAAUAUUAGGAAGGUGUUCUUAAUGUUUUGUACACUCAGUCAGUAUUCUUGUACAGUAUAUAUAGUAGCUGCGGUGUGUCAUUGUGAUUGUUAACUACUACACAAAGUAUUUUUUUGAAGCACAUGAAUGUCUAUCUACAGUAUAUGGGGGAGGUCAGCAGCAGAGCAGUUCAUGGAUCAAGAGAGUGGAUCUUAUAACUUCCAUGAUGGAUCAGGAGGGCUCAAAUGGGUUGUUGAUGAGCUAGAGAAAUAUGAGCUGUUAUUCAUCAGCUACCUUUCAGGACCUUUGUUGGCGAAAGCAUUUUUCAUUAACUUUAAAUGCGGACACAUGCAUCUGAAGGUUACAUGACAUGCUAAGUCGUCUAGAAGACGAAUGUUUUUCCUAGGUAAACCCGGUAACUAGCAGUGUUUGGUUAGACAUACCAUGGAGGUAUCAGGCUGUGUGUGACGGCAUAUACUUGGACAGUGUCCAACAAACCAUAUUCCUUGAUUCGAAUUUCGAAAACCCAUUGACCUGACAGUGAACUUCUAAAAAAAAAAAAAAAUUGUAGAAUCGUGGGAUGUCUUGGUUUUAUUUGCUCAGAAUGCACUGAAAACUAUAAAGCUAUGUUUUUGACAAUGUAGUCAAUGUAGGCUUGUAGUCUUCGUAAAAUAGCAGAGCGUUUCUUACCUCAGUGUAGUCCAAAAGCUUCCAAUGCCAUUUUAGUAUUACCUUUGUUUUCUAACCAAGGUGUGUACUAUAAUUCGAGCAUGUUCAUGUAUAUGAUAGAAAUCUGGAAAUGCUCAAACACGUUAGCUAAUAUUAGCUAAGCUUUCUGUCAGUUGAAGUGAUUAAUACAAUCAGGAAGACUGGUUGUGCUAUGUACAUACCUGAUUAAGAGAGAUCGCGCAUGGGUAUGAAGGAGUGUACGUGCAAGCAAGCGUAUACGCCUGUGUGUCACACCUAUGUGUCGCACAUCUCUUAUCAAAAAAUGAUUUUCUGUCAUCUUGUACAGCAUAUCUGUCCCUUAAAAUUAGAAGUAACAUUAGCUGUCUGAUCUUUUGUGAUUCCUGUGAGGUAGCUGGUGGCAGACAGCUGCCUAAGCUAUACUGGCUCCAGUGAAACCACAGGACAGGCGUGGUAUGCCACUCUUUUUAAAGCACUUAACUUCCGCCCCGAGGUCAUUUUUGAGCUUUCUCCUCACACCAAUUGUAUACUAAUUCAUUUGAAGUUUAAAAAAGCCUUUCGUGAACUAACACUCGCACUUUACUUUUUUCCCCCUUACUAGCUCUGACUUUGCUAAUAGCUACUUUAUUGAGGAAAAAUGUACUUACUAUGACUGUGAUAUGUGGUUGACCCACCUAGCUAUCUUAAGAUGAAUGCACUAACUGUACGUCGCUCUGGAUAAGAGUGUCUGCUAAAUGAUUAAAAUGUAAAUGGAACUCUUUGUUUGAGUAACGAUUGAUUUUAAUUUGUGAGCAUUUUACUUUUUACAUUUGACAAAUUAUAUAUCCCAAUAUUGUUGGAUACAGGGGCCUUUUAUACACAGUAGGCUAUGUGUAGCAUCUGAGAGUGCUAAGCUAUUUAAGAGCAUUAAACUAUAUCAAUGCCAUUAUUAUUUGGAGGCCAGCAGGUACAACCAGAAAAACAUCACUCAUUAUCUUUGAACUGGACUGCUCCCUCAGUGAAGAUUGCUUUGAAUUUGAAUAUCAACGCAUCGAAACAGUCUUCCUGUGAGGACAGAGGUCCUCAAUCUGAGAGCUACAUUAGAUCACUACGCCGGUAACAGCCACCAUACGUCAAAAUAUAUCCUAAAAACACAGCAGAUUGAUAUAAGAAUGUAUUGUGUCGUGGCAGCUCUACUUUCUUCUCUCUUACUUUGUUCGUAUCAAAUUAUUCCUCCUUAUGACUCACUGCUAUGCGCUCUUCAAAGGAAUCCUCAAUGUCAUGAGUGACAGUAGUCUGGGUUCACUAGGCAAUAGAAUUUAAACGUGUUUCUAAGACAAAAGAAGUAUAUCUGUCAUAAGACUAUCAACAUCUAACUAGUAUUAUUACCUUUAUAGUAAUACUUCAUCUACUUAAUGAUGACUUAUGUUAAAUAUCGUUUAAAGCUAUUAAUGCCAUGUUCACAUUGUCAGUUUGAAGUGACUCAAAUCCUAUUUAUUUUCAUAUCCGAUUCAAAUCUUUUCUUUGUCCUGCAGUCUGAACAGCCAAAAACCACUUGGAAUCUUGAUAUUUAAUCCACAUUUUGAAGGUGGUUUGAAGUCAGAUACAUAUACGAUUCCUGGCCAUGUGACUUGUCUCAAUGGUCGAAUCUGAUUUAUUUGCCCUCAAGUGGUGUUUAGACUUAUUUGGCAUAUCUUGUUGCUUGCUAGCUACUUUGUUGACCGUUGGACAAGAACAUGUGGUAACUAACUAGCUUGUUAAUUGUUUACAAACAAAUGAGUGAAUGUUCUAGAAAGCUUAAACAGCUACCUAGCUAGGUAGUUCGCUGCUGUGGCGAGCCAAAAAAAAAAAUUGUUUUGAAAGUUGGAUCAUCUUAUCCUUUGAGGCUUUAAAAGUGUUCUUACACUGUGACUUUGAGCAUUCAAAGCAACUGGGAAACGUCCAUGGCAGGAAUUGUUAUCAACUUAGCUUGCUACAUAGCUUCUGAGUGAUAGGAAGCACGAGCACCACCACCAAUCAGCCUUUACCUCUGAGCACACACCAUCAUUACUAUGACAACUAGCGUAGCCAUGUCAGCAAAUGACUGCCAUCUGAACACACACACAUCCGAUUUAGUCCCUCACUUGUAACCUGCUGUUUGGACAGUCGGUAUUCCAAAACGAAUUUGAAAAACAAAACUGAUUUUAGCAUUAAGGCUUUAGUGGCUGCCACCUAUCAAGUUACCUUGUGAGAUAUUUAAGUACAGUUCUGCCUGUUUACUCAUCUUUCAGUUGUACUUGAAAGGAAUAGAAAGCUUCACUCUGUCAAACUGUUACAGUGUUUGUCAUCGACAUGAGACAAUACAACACCCAAACAUUCAACAUCAUUGUUUUUCCCUAGUUUGUUAUUAACUGCCAAUUGCCAACAUUGAUGAGAAUAUAGUCUUGUGUGACAGUUGUUUUAACGAAACCAGUUACAUUGUACUAAGUUGCUGAGUUUGUCUCUACAUCAUUCUUAUGACUAUCAAGAAGUAUUUUGCGGUACUAGGAGAACAUAGAUGAGGGUUUCUACUGUAUGGCCAUUCAUGUGUUUGUAAAUUUCAGUAUUUCUCCCCUUGGUUCGCUGUACAUAACUUCCAUAACUUGUUUCUGAAGGAUAAUCCGAGUGGUUGUAUUGUGACUCAGCUGUGCGCUGUUUACCCCAUAGAGAUACAGUAUAAAAAAAGUGUUCUAUUUAAUUCUGUGGUUUCCACCAUGCUAGCACUUGCGCUAUAGCUAUUACUACCCAUCUCCAACACAGAGACAAUGGCAUCCAAAGUCAAAGCAAAGCUUACAGAAUAAUGUCCCGAGACAAUUGAACACGGAAAGGUCUGUUCCAUGUCAAACUGACUGUAUUAUAGACUUUGGCAACAAGCAAUCCCUCUUCUUGUGGUAUCAUAUCCUAGCCUCACAAGUCAGUGUAAAGUGUUGAUGGGAUAAUGUGCUCCGUGAAGCAUCGGAGGAUGUAUGAAUGUACGAUUGUGGAGUACUGUAUAACACUCGUUAUGUAACAAGGAUCCGUGCUGUCAGCUUGAAUUACCAUGUUAAACAUUAAAGCCUGGCACAAUAAGAAUUGUAAAUAUGUAUAAUAAAGAAGUAUGCGAUGCAAGCGAUGGGAAAAGUCACAUGAAGCUCUCUGUUGUUCCAGAAGGAUUUUUUUUUGGGGGGGGGGGGGAAGCACAGUGUGAAGAGUUAUUGAGCACAGACCGUUUGAUGCAUAUGCAGUAACGUUACGCUGCCAUUUGAUGAGGAUCGUAAAAUGCCUUGUGUCAGAUGCAAAUUGUGCCUCAUUUUCAUUAGCUUUUAUUGAUUAUCACAGAAAUGUAUCCAUAUGUCAUAUUUAAGGAUAUUACUAUUGUUUCCCCCGUUGUUUUUUAGUAUUUGUGAUGGGAGAAGACAUGUACUAAAGAACAUGAUAGCUACUGGACUAAAGUGUGACACAACGCUUCAAGUAAAUUAUUAAUCAUCAUAAAUAUGUUUUCAUUCGUUUUUCGAGGCGCUCAACCUGCAACAGUUGGUGUUUGCUUAUUUUUUGCGGUGCUGUUACCAUGUCAAUAUUAAAAUGAAGACAACACUAUUUACUGCAGUGAUAUUAUUGAUAUUUCGGUAUUAUGCAAUAUUUAAUAAACUAUAUAAAGUA